GGGCACGAGCGUAUGUAGGCUUUGACGUCGGAAAGGAGGGAAGGCCAAUGGAAAUAACAGGAGAUGGUAUCAAAGGUUUUCUGGAAACCAAGGUGGCCAGCGGUCUUGGCGUCGUGGUGCUCGGCCAAGAGGUAGGUGCAAAGGCCACGGGCGUCAGGGAUGCAGAGUCGGCGGGUGCCUUUGGUUUCAAUGUAGAGAAGGUUGUCGUGGAGGGCGUAGCCGGAAACGGGGUCGAGGUCACGGAGUUUGUUGUAGAUGGUGGAGAAGUCGGGGCAAGAGAGGUAUCCUUGGGUGUAGCGAUGGUGGAGCGAUGGCAGGAGCUGGAUGUGGGUCAUGGNGAGUUUGUUGUAGAUGGUGGAGAAGUCGGGGCAAGAGAGGUAUCCUUGGGUGUAGCGAUGGUGGAGCGAUGGCAGGAGCUGGAUGUGGGUCAUGGUGGCGUAGACUUUCUCAGGGGGCUUGUGGUCGGGGCGGCGGGAGAGGGCAUCGGCAACGCGGUUGCUCUUGCCAGGGGUGUGACAAAUGGUAAAGAAUUUUUGGUCGCGGAGGAUGGCGAGAACUUGGCGGAGAUGAUCAAGGCAUUACGAGAAACUCGUAGUGCCCGAAGCGGGAGCGGAAGGCAGUUUUGUGGGUGUCCUCCUUCGGAUGCGGAUCUGGUGGAAGUCACUGCGGAGGUUGAUCUUGGUGAAGUAUUUGGCUCCACGGAGGCGAUCAAGAAGUUCGGAUAUCCGGGGAAGCGAAUACUUGUUCUUGAUCGUGAUCCGGUUCAAGGCGCGGUAGUUCGUGCACAUGCGGAGUUCCGAGGUGCCGUUCUUCUUGACGAAGAGACAGCUGGUGCCGAAGGGGGAGGAGCUAGGCUUAAUGAAUCCUUUUUCAAGGAGUUCAUUGAGUUGGCGCUUCAUUUCUUCGGCCUCGAGGACGGAGAGCUGGUAUGGGGGGCGGCAAGGGGGGGAGUGGCCGGGCUCGAGACCGAAGUGAGCGGCGUCGCCUUGGAGGCGGGAGGUUGCGGUGGGGAGCCAAUGAGCGAGGGGCAUGUUGUGGAGGUCGAAAGCAUUUUGGAUUUGAGAGAGGAAAAGGAGGACGUCCUCGUGGGGGCGGCUGGAGAACGUCGUGAUAUCGGUGGCGCGGAAGGAGCGGGGAAUGUCCCCAUUGCGGGGGACGAUGCAAGUGAGGUUGUUGAAGUUGCGGUUGUCAGGAGAGGUGUCGUAGCAGGUGUGAUCUUGACUGCGGUCACCAAGGAGGUAGCAAGGAGGAUGUUGGGGUAUGGCGGGGUAAACGCCAGAAAGGACUUGGGAGUUGGGCGAUGGCUCGUCGCUGCCGCCAUAGCUGAUCGAGUCGGUGUGGGAGUGCAUUUCAACACUCUCGUCCCGUUGCGAUCUGGCGGUCUCAUCAGGUAUGGGGUGAUUAGUACUCAGCAGUUGAGAAGGGAUCUGGAAGAGUGGGAAUCGUUAUACGUGAGCGGGAGACUGCAAAGGCCUAUUGAAGUGCUCAUCGAUGACGUGGACAUGAUGGGGCGAUCAUAGGAUCGGGACAAGGUCAUGAAGAUCGCAGCCGUAAGGAGAGCAGCCUUGUUGACGUGGUAUUGGGAUCCCAUAUCUCAGUUUGAACGUUUAGGAUGCCUUCGAGAAACAUUGCCACUAAGAUGCCUUCGAGAAACAUUGCCACUAUCUCCUCCUCUUCCUCCUGCUUCUUCUGCUUCUUCUUCUUGUUGCUUGUCAUCUUCAUCGCCGUUGUAUUGGGAACAAGAUGGCUCAGAACAUGGGAGAGAUAGACUGUUGGCGGCGCUACCGGAGGGAGUGGUGCGAGCUUUGGCUAUGGCGGCGGGGUUCAAAGGAUUACAUAGUAGGACAACGAGAAUGGGAGACAAGCUUGAUGAUUGUAUGGCUAUGGAGAAGGGGGAGGAGGAUGAGAAGGGGGAGGAGGAGGAGGAGGAGGAAGAUGGAGAGGACAGUUUAGUGUUGAAGCUAGAGAUGGCGAGAUAUGUCGCACGAGCUAUGGAUAGAGACGGGUGCAGCUCGGCCCUGCGGGAUCAGAUCUCGUCCAUUGUCAGAUCAUCUAGUCAGCGACAGGCUGCUGCAACUCUCCUCUCUGCAGGGGGGUACAACUCUCUGCGGUCGCUUCCGACUGUGUCGAGCAAUUCACUGUCGAUGAACUGGGAAGCUUCGUUCAAAUUGAGUGCGAUGCAGUCGUGGCUGUCUGCCAACCCGUCGAUCCCCAAACUCUUCCAAUCCCUCAUCCCUCAAAGAGCUCUUGGGUCUGCACGAGGGCCUCGACAACACGAGGUCGCCGCACGAUUGUGCGGCCGUCUCACACAGCGUUUGACGUGGAUGAGCGCUGCGCACUUUGAAGUCAGAGACUGUGCGAGACGCGAGGCAAGAAAACACUUCAGCAGCAGCUCCACACGGUCCUGCCUCUGCGAUGGUGGCAGUCCUGUGAGGCAACGAUUGUGGUCGAGCGGACUGUCGGGGGUUCGUGCUCUCCCAAAGAACCCCAUUAACUCCCAUGGCUCGGUGAACCACAAACAUGAUGUUUGCAGUAUUGUAUCAGUGAAUGUUCUCAAUGAGGUGGAGCCUGUUCCCACUGUUCAUCUCUGUGCACGUCCAUGGGCCUCGUGUAUGACGCGGAGUGUGAGUCAAGAUGAUGGUGGAGCCAGAAUGUCGCCGAUUGCAGGAGGCAUGGCUCAAGUGCAAGCCUUGUCGAACACAUUCUCCACGUCGGUCUCUCCUCCUGAGAGUCGGAAAAUAUGUCCAUCUGAAGACAAUGCAGAUGUGGAGCUUCGCAGGCAAAGAAUCAACAAAAUCUUGUAUCGAAGCAAGCAGCGGGGCUAUCUUGAAUUGGAUCUGGUUAUAGGAAAGUGGGCAGAGGAGAACGCAUGGACUAUGGAUGAGGACACCCUCUCCCAUUUCGCUGAAUUGCUCGAAGAGGAGACACCGGAUUUAUGGAAGUGGCUGACGGGACAGGAUGAGCCAUCAGCGAAAAUUGCUGCGAAUCCGGUGUUUGCAAGUAUUAAGCGAGAUAUCUUGGAAAAGAUGAACGCGAGCUCUUCGCCCUCAACGAGAGCCCAUGUCGGCAACCCAUGGGUCAGAGGAUGGGAUGACAACAAACGUGGCACAACUUCUUCCCCUCCAGCUGGAAAUCAGUGAGAUGUGUGAUGGCCAUCGGCGCGGAGCAAUGACUUCCGUCAUCGUCGGAUCAGCUAGUUACCCUGCAUGUCAAGAUUCCUGCAUACAAGGGUACCACAUGACUUUGGUCUUCUCAACAUGGCAGGUGACUGCUGUGGGACACCGCUUGGAGAGUAUAGUAGGACUUUUCUUUUAUUGCCCGUGUGGUGAAACAUGGGCCCUUCAUCCACGUGGUCGGACUUGUGACUUAUGUCUUUUUUUUGCCAAACGUCGACUCCACGAGGCGCCUUCAAGAAUCCACCGAAGAGCUAAGGUUUCUUGACUACUCUUUGGUAUAAUGGAUGGUACUGGUGUGCGACAUUAGCGGUGUAGAUGCAUGGUUUGCCACACAGCUGUUGUAACAAGUGGAUUGUCACACACCUGCUGAGAGACUUGGGUCUAGCAGGAACUGAACUGGAACUUGGAGUCUGUUUCACAACGGGUGGACUUCGGCCGAGGGCUAACGCCCACCGGAUUGGAGUUACUGUGGUCUAUGACUCUGCUUUUGGGAUGUGUGACACAUCACACAUCAGCUGGGACACAUGGUUGGCCACACAGCAGUUGGAACUGGUGACUGGUCGCACAAGAUGCCAGACUUAUCUGAUGGUGUGCCACACAUCAUGUCUGGCGGGAAUUUUGGUCUCUGCCGCCCAUCUGGUAGGAGUCCGUAGGACUCAUUUAUUUGCCACACAUGUCAUCUUCUUAGGCCUGAUGGACUCAUGGAUGGUCCGUUGUGCGUGAUCCUUUUCUGUCACAUGUUGAUUCGUCUGUCACCCACGAUUUGCCUGUCACAGAUGAUCCACCCGUCGCACACGAUUCGCUGUUCAAGCACGAAGUGAUUUAUGUCGCACAUGUUUGCAUCAUGCAUUACAGAGACCACCUGCAUUUACUGCAAACUGUGCACAGCUACGAUUAGUAAGAUUUUUUUUGGGGGGGGGAGGCUAGGCCGAGCAUUUACUGCAAACUGUGCAAACUGUGCACAGCAUGUGUUGCCUCCCAUGAAUAGAUUGGAGCUUGUUUUCCCAAAAAAAUAAAAAAAGUCCCCCUCUCCUCCCAGAAGUCACCUUUUAUCACUGUAUGGUCGGGGGAGAUACCAACAAAGGCGGACUGUUUUCGUAGAACUUUAGAAAACGAGUUUUCCCCCCCUGAGUGGGCUGCUGAGAGCGCAGUGUGCAUGCAUGAUUCCAUCGGAUGAACUGAAUGCUUGGCGAGUCAAUUACUAGUGUUUGUUUGGUUGAUGAGAUUAGGCAGACCAUUUCAAAAGGUUAGCCAUAUCUUUGUAGAAUCUAGAGAUGUGUAUGAUAUCAGGCUUUCUCAGACAGCGCAAUUUCUGUGGUGGUGCAUGCCGCUUUAUAUCACUUAACAGCAGUGGGGAUCCUGUCAGACCUGAGAUCCGACUGUUCAUCUUAGCGGUUGUGAUUCUCUUAUAGGAGAACAGCUAGCCUGCAAAGCCAGUUUGUUGUCUUGACUUCUCUAUUAGUGUAAACUUGAUUGUUAUGUUAUGUUGUUGACGUACGAUAAAAUGCUGAACACGAU